GGGCAUCGCCACCUCGGGGUGUCCCCCCGGCCCUGCAGUCACCCACCUGCCGAGCCCCAGCACCACCAAGGGCCACAUGGCCGCUGACGUGUCCUCCUGUGUCACCUGCCGCGAUGGCGGCGCUGACUGGUUAAUGGUCCCGUUACGUCAUCGGUUACCGGGCAGAGGGAGCCGGAGCAGGCUGCCGAAGCCCAGCGCAGGAGCUGCACUGGAAGCCGUACGGGGAGCACUGGUCCGUGCCGGUUCCACCAUGGCACUGCCGCCCGCCGCGCUGCUCCCCGGGGUGCUGCUGGUGGCUGACGCGCUGGCACUGGUGUUACUGGGGCCGCUGGUGCCGGCCCUGGCGCCCAUGGGGGUGGCGGGCGUGUGGCUCGAGGCCGCCCUGCGCCUGCCCUUCCUGGCCACGGCCCCCCGGCUCCUGACCCCGCACCGGCCCCCCGGAGCCACCGCGGCCGCCGUCGCCGCCGCCGCCACCCCCGCGGUCUUCGGAACCCUCCGGAGCCUCCUGGGGCCGCCCGGGGCCGGGCCGGGGCUCUUGGCGGCCGCGGCACCUGCCUGGCUCGGGGUCACCCACGUGGCCACUGCGCUGGCCCUGCUGGCCUGGGCCACACCUCUGAUGCCCGGCAGCCUCCCUGAGGCCUCUCCUGGUGUCCCCAAGACCCUCGGCGGUGUCCCCAAGGCUCCUGCUGCCUUCCGGAGGGUCCUGGCGCUGGCCUGGUCUGAGUGGAAAGUCCUUGGAGCCGCCUUCCUUUGCCUCAUGCUGGCGGCCACUGGGGAGACAGCGGGGCCGUACGUCACCGGGAAGGUGCUGGACGCCAUCAGGAACAGGGACGGACUCACCGCUGGAGCUGUUGGGAUGGUGGUGGCCGCUGAAGCAGCCAGUGUCCUGUUCUCUGGGUGCCGUGGGUGGCUCUUCCUGCUGGCGGCAGCGCGUCUCCGGCAGAGCCUGCGCCUCCAGCUCUUCUCCCACCUGGUGCACCAGGACCUGGAUUUCUUCCAGGGAAUGCCGGCAGCCGAGCUCUCAGCACGGUUUUCCACGGAGGUGCCGCUGGUGUCCAUGGCGGUGCCGAGGGGAACCAACCUGCUGCUCCGCAGCCUGGGAAUGGCACUGGUGGUGGGGAUGGCCAUGGUGUGGCUGGCACCGGGGCUGGCACUGCUGGCACUGCUGGAGCUGCCCCUCGGAAUCACCACCCGCCGCAUCCACAGCGCCCGGAAACAGGCACUGCAGCGAUCCAUGCUGGAAGCAUCCGCCCGGACGGCCUCAGAGGUGCAGGAAUCCAUCGCCGCCAUCGAGACGAUCCAGAUCUUCUCAGCAGAGGAGGAGGAGGAGGAGCGGCACAGCCAGAACCUGGACAAGGAGCUGAGGCUGAAGGAGCAGAUGGAGUUGGAGUUGGCAGGAUUCACCCUCAUCCAUAGGGUCCUCCGACUGGCCAUCCGGGUCCUGGUGCUCUUCCGGAGCCACCAGCAGCUCCGUGAUGGAUCCAUCACUCCUGGAGUCCUCGUCACCUUCCUGCUGUACCGGGACACGGUUGGCAGCCAUGUCCAGGUGCUGCUCAUCGGCUUCAAUGAAUUCAUGACCAACAUGGCUGCUGGGCAGAAAAUCUGGGAAUACCUGGAUCAGGAACCCACGAGGGACACUGGGGGGACACUGGAGCCUUCCAAGCUCCGGGGUGACAUCACCUUCCAGAGGGUCUGCUUCACAUAUCCCGGGCAUCCAGAGCGCCCUGUGCUGAAGGACGUGUCCUUCGAGGUGCGUUCCGGGGAGGUGACGGCACUGGCAGGGCCCAAUGGGAGCGGAAAGAGCACAGCCGUGGCACUGCUGGAGCGGCUGUGGGAUCCUGGGAGCGGGAAGGUGCUGCUGGAUGGGAUCCCACUGCAGGAAUAUGAACACCAGUACCUACACCGGCAGGUGGUGCUGGUGGAGCAGGAUCCUCUCCUGUUUUCCGGAACGAUCCGUGAGAAUGUUGUGCUGGGGCUGGAGCGCUGUGAGGAGUCGGAGCUGCGGGAGGCGGCCACUGCUGCCGGAGCCAUGGAGUUCAUCCAGGGGCUGGAACAAGGCUGGGACACCGAGGUGGGGGAGCUCGGGGGGCGGUUGGCGGCGGGGGAGCGGUGUCGCCUGGCCCUGGCCCGGGCCCUGCUCCGGCGUCCGACUGUCCUCAUUCUCGACGAGGCGCUGGAUGACGGAGACGAGGGGGCGGCGCAGCGCUGGGUGCGCACUGGGCUCGCCCGGACCGUGCUGGUCGUCUCCCACCGGCCGCGGGUGCUGGAAGCGGCCGAUCGCCUCGUGGUGCUGGAGCGCGGGGCCGUGGCAGAGGCAGGAACACCAACGGAGCUGCGGGAACGCCACGGGGCCUACAGCCGCCUGCUCCAGGGCGGAGGUGGGACCGGGCGGCCCGAUGCCAUGGGAGAGGGAGACAGGGAAUAAAGGGAAAUUGGUGUCCCCA